AUGCAACAGAUGGAACUUACCCAUCGGGUAAGCAUAUCGCCCGAGUUCUUUGGGCCUGGUUUGAUGGAAGAAGUACAGCGCCGCCUGCGUACCGAGCAUCCAAACUGUGUCAUCAAUCCAUACCAUCUUCCAAGCCCCUCACCAUUAGGAUACAUCGUUGCUGUGCUGUCCAUCACAUCGAUAAGCAGAGGCGUGUUGGUACCCACCUUUGGACAUGCCGAUUUUGAUAUUUCCUACAGGGCGAUUGUACUUAAACCAUUCAAGGGUGAGGUAGUGGAUGCCAUUGUUGCCUCCGUGACAAAGAUGGGAUUUUUUGCAGAGACAGGCCCGCUGCAAAUCUUUGUCUCUGCACAUCUAAUCCCGCCAGAUUUAUCGUUUGACGCCAAUUCGCUUCCAGCUUGUUUUAUCUCGGAAGACCAAAGCCAGCGAAUUUCACCAGAAGACCUGAUCCGCCUCAAAAUCGUCGGCCUGAAGCUGGAUGCCACCGAAAUAUUUGCCAUUGGUACCAUCAAGGAGGACUAUCUUGGUUGGAUUGGUUAG